AUGAAGGGCUCUGCUGUCGUGCUGCUUCACACGCUGGCCUUAUCCUGGACGGGUGCAGUUGAGUCUGGCCCCAAAAUCGAUGGACGUCAGCGCGCCUCUCUGACCCUGAGGGAGAACAUGACUCACCGGUUCAACUGUCAGACAGACAGUUGGGACCCCCGCGCCCCUCCCCUCCUCACCUGGUACCUCAACGGGGAACAACAGCAGCAAAUGCAAAGUAAACCUCCAACAAAAAGAGGCAAAAGAGUCAUGGUGCCACCCCGAGACGAUUUCAGAGACAGACCAAACACUCAACCCCCCAACAGCACUUUCUCUUUAAAAGUCCGGAGAUGGGACCGGGAGCUGGUGUGUGUCGCCUCAAAUCCUAAAACUGGGCAAAGUUAUAACGCUACAGUCAUGUUAAAUAUACAAUUCCAGCCGGAGAUUCUCAAAGUCAAAGCCCAGUACAGUGAGACCGCAGACCCAGGACUCUCUUUGGUCCUGUUCGCUCUGGUCCGGUCCAAUCCUCCGGCCACUCUCAGUUUCAUGGACCAGACGGGUCAUGUGGUCGCCAACACCUCGGACUUCCUCAUCCUGGACUCCCACAGCUACCCCUGGUUAACCAAUCACAGCCUGCGUGUGGCUCUGAGCAGCCUAUCAGGAAACAUGUCCCUCAACGCCGACAACAGCCUGGGAACAGCACAGAGCAACCUCACCCUGGCAGAGUUUCUGCAGUCCCGGGUGGAGGUGCCAAUGUUGGGGAUUGUGACCGGAGGAGCCAUGGCCUUUAUGGCCCUGCUCAUCCUCAGCCUCAUUGUGCUCUGCCUCAUGCAAAAGAACAAGAGCAAAACCAUCGAGGAGCCUGUGGAAAUUGUGAUGGCCACUAAGAGUGAAUCCACCACUUUGAAGACGGAGAAAGCAGAGAAGCCCCACAUGCCGAGAGAAAACAUGUCUUUACCUUCGAACAUGCAGCUCAACGACCUCAGCACUUUAAAAAGAGUUCGAGACAUUGCAAAACAACACAGUUUAGAUGAGGAGGAAGAUUUGUCCCUAGCCUAUGCUGCCAGAGGUUUUGCUCGAUAUCCAAUGGUUGGCUAUAUCUACAAAGUGAACAGCACAAGCAGUGAGGAGAUCUGGCUCUGACAAAAUACAUUAAAGACUCAACUAAUGAAAAUUGUGCAUGAGAAACUCCAUUACUAACCAACAGGCCAUCUCUGGUGAGGCUUACACAGAACUGCCAAUCCAAUCUACCACUCACUGUCCCUCUAAGCUGCUCAGAACAAGACAAAGGUAACACUGGGACACUUGUAAUCUGUGGAUACAGCAGUUCACUAACUGCAAUUGUAUGGUGUUCAAAAAUGUCCUCAUACAAGUCAGUUACAAUGCUGCUAAGUGAUGUACUACUUGUACUGCACCACUAAAUCAACUUUACAAUGUUUUGUCUUAGAAUUAAAUGCGGUUAGGUUGUGUUUGCACUUAACAAUAAAGAAAUUAAACUUUAACAGAACUUAUAGAUAUUUCUAGGCGUGGCAUAAAUUCAUAUUAUCUUUUUCACUUUUUGGCAGCUAACGGUGGGCUAUAAAUUUUUAUAUAUGUUUACCUACCAAUCUUCUUACUUUUUACUUUAAAGGAGCACUAUGUAACUUCUGGUGAAGGGCCCACCACGUUGUUGUCUCUGUACAGAUACUAUUUUUACGUGGAGUGUUUCACAAUGUGCCAUUUGAAAUAUAUAUAUAUUAAAAAACACCUGUUACCCAUUAAAAAUGCAAGACAAAUAACUUUAAUGCCAUACUGUGGAACACUCCAAGCAAAGCAGCAUUUUCAUGCAGGCAAGCAAAUGGUGGACCCUUGACCAGAAAAGUUACACAAUGCUUCAUCUCUAAAGUGACCUUUAAUUCUCACUCCUAAUAAGAAUCCUGAAUAGGUGCAAAGAAUACUGAAUAUUAUUGUGUGAACACAACCUAAUUGUCUUGUAAUGAUUGUCUCUGGACUUCUGAUUCACAAUAAUGAACAAUAUGACCCCUGACAUGGAUUCCACUUCAUAACCUGUGCAGAUAUACUUGCUCUCAAAUAUGUUGGAUUUUACAACCUGUUUGUCUCUUUCCAUUUGCCAUACAUUGAUCUAUUUCUUCUCCUGUUUUCACAAUUGGUGUUGCUGCAAGUUUCAAGCACCAAAAUGAAAAAAGCCAUACUUAAACAUACAUACCGUACUGAUUGUCUGUCAUUUGUAUGUAUCUUCUUACCCAUAAUGCCCCAGUAACGGCAUGCGCUCCUUGCUCUAUGCUAACAGCUGAAUAUCCAAAAAAGUGUGCUCUGUGAGAUUUGAUAUUUGACCUUAUAGUGUCUUCAAAUGGUGCAUUAUGAAGCUGUAAGUAUUUGUAUGUGGAAAAAGUAUAGCAUUAACUGUAUGCACAUGUCCAGUAUAUGUGUAUUAAAGCAUCUAAUAAAGAUUCUAUUGAGAUUUUGUCCAGUGAAUCCACUCUGAUACUUGAAAUGACCACGAAACAAUAGUAUAACUACUUUAAUAACUGCAUGUACAAAGAUGUAUCAAGUAGUUGCAGUAUAGAUGGUCAAAAUUAUUACAAUUACUUGAAGAGGUGGGUAGUACAUGUAUUUCUCAGAAUAGUUUUAAGACCAGAUAAGAGUCUAUAAGUAGCAGACGUUUUAUGUUGAUAAUAUUAAAUUAUUGGAAUUUUUGUGUUAGGUCUAAUAGGAUUUCUCAUUUCUGUGCAGUAUUUCAUUUCAUGUCCUU